AUGCCCCCGGACGAUAAAACCACGGUGGCCCGAGACCCACAUCCUGCCCAGGGAGCUCAGUACCUCUACCAAAGGCCAAGUCUGAUCCCGAUGACGGUGCAGAGGGACGGUCACACUGCUUUCCCCAUCAGAGCCUGGGGUGUUGCUGCGGGCUGUUUACAAGAACGAAGUGCAAUCCGGUGCAGGGAAGCGCUCCACUGCAGGCCCACGGCUGCUGCCCUUGGCUCGUGUCCGGAAACCCGGGACUGUGCGAGGCUCCCUCAGCACAGUCAGUUAGGGCAGCGUCUCCUAACUGAUAAGGUGGGAAGGUGGGGAGUGCCCUGGGGACCGCAUGGCGGACCACCAAUCAAACGAGAGAGCCCGCAGAGAGCAGAGCAGGAUGAGGGCAGCAAGAAGAAGGCGGUGGGGAAGCUGCCAAGGAUGGGUGACACCAGGAGGACGAGACUAAGGAGACCGGAGACGCAGGUCAACGCAGAGAUGAGAGGAAAACAUCGUGACGUCUCCAGAGGUGCACCAGAACUGCACCAGACAAGAAGGCUGCCCAGUGAAAGGCCUGAAGCCGUGACGGAAACAUGCACGGGGAAAGACACGCACAAGCGCAUCCUAGCAAAGCUUUCCAAGGAGGGCAGCGGGGUGGAAGGGGACAGGCGGAACGGAUACGAUACAGUGAAAGAAGAGUGGUAUUUUAGGCUUCACACUGAGUCUAAGGGGAAAAAAAUCACGAGCUGCAAAGAACUACAGGGUGAUCGGUCCACAAACAGAGCUUGGACCCCACAGACAGCAUCUGAGGAGCUAACUGGAUCACAGAGUGAGAACCGCCGGGUCAGCGUCCUGCUCGGGGGUCCAGGCGGCCGUCGUGAGACCACGAUAAGGAGCCAGUGCCAGGUGCCCGCUCAGGAGGGUGUGGGGAGCAGAGGGGUGCACUUCCCACAGCGCCAGCACCCCUACAUUCCCUUCCCACGCUUUCAUCAACCAUGCAAUGCCUCUUUCAGCAUAUCCAGGUGCCAGGACCUGAGUCUGAGCGCUGGAAGCCCCACGGGGGGAUUGCCACUGCAGGACCAGUGGACGUUCCCUGGGCGGGUGGCAGCGAAGGAAGAGUUCCCGGUGGGAGAGAGUGUGGAGACACCGGGCUCCGGGUGGGGGCACGACCUCAGUGGGCCGCAAUUCACGGAGAAGGCCGGGCGGCACCGAAGGUACCAGGGUGACACAGAGGAGACCAGGAGAUCCCCCGGGGAGCCUUUCAGCACCUCGAGCUGGUGA